AUGGAGGAUACUGUUGACUGGCUGCGAAAGAACACACCAGAUACAUCCAAGCUUGAUGAGCCCACCCUUGACAGUCUGUUGCAGGUUCCGGGUGCCCCCAUGCCUUCUGGUGUUGUUCCUCGUGAGACAAAGAAGAAGGGUGUUGACGAUGUGCUUGAUUGGCUGAGGAAGAAUGGUGGUCCAGAGGAAGAACUGGAUGAACCCACUCUUGAAGCCCUCUCAGAUUUGACUGGUGUUCCAAUGCCCAAGAAGAAAACCCCCCAGGCAAAGAAGAAGUUCAUGGGUGAUGCUGUUGACUGGUUGAGAAAGAACCAACCUGAUACGGCGAAGCUAGAUGAACCCACUCUUGACAGCUUGAUGCAGGUACCUGGUGCUCCAAUGCCAUCAGGUAUUGUCCCUCGUGAGAAGAAGAAGGAGGGUGUUGAUGAUGUUGUUGAUUGGUUGAGGAAGAAUGGUCCACCAAAGGAUGAGAUUGAUGAACCCGUUCUGGAGGCCCUAGCAACUAUGUCUGGAUUCCCACUGCCUAAGAGAGUCAUAUCCCCUAGCAAUCAAUUCAUUGAUGAUGUGGUUGACUGGUUGCGAACCAAUAAACCAGAUGCAUCCAAGCUGGAUGAACCAACUCUUGAUAGUCUCAUGCAGGUACCUGGUGCCCCUAUGCCUUCUGGAGUUGUUCCUCGUGAAACAAAGAAGAAGGGGGUUGAUGAUGUUGUGGACUGGCUCAGGAAGAAUGGUGCUCCUGACGAUGUCCCUGAUGAACCCACCCUUGAAGCCCUAUCAAAUCUGACGGGGGUCCCAAUGCCCAAGAAGGACACACCCAAGGAGAAGAAGAAGUUUAUGGAGGAUAGUGUUGACUGGCUGCGAAAGAACACACCAGAUACAUCCAAGCUUGAUGAACCCACCCUUGACAGUCUGUUGCAGGUUCCUGGUGCUCCCAUGCCAUCUGGUGUUGUCCCUCGUGAGACAAAGAAGAAAGGUGUUGACGAUGUACUUGAUUGGCUGAGGAAGAAUGGUGGUCCAGAGGAAGAACUGGAUGAACCCACUCUUGAAGCCCUCUCGGAUUUGACUGGUGUUCCAAUGCCCAAGAAGAAAACCCCCCAGGCAAAGAAGAAGUUCAUGGAUGAUGCUGUUGACUGGUUGAGAAAGAAUCAACCUGAUACGGCGAAGCUAGAUGAACCCACUCUUGACAGCUUGAUGCAGGUACCUGGUGCUCCAAUGCCAUCAGGUAUUGUCCCUCGUGAGAAGAAAAAGGAGGGUGUUGAUGAUGUUGUCGAUUGGUUGAGGAAGAAUGGUCCACCAAAGGAUGAGAUUGAUGAACCCACACUUGAUGCUCUCUCAAGCCUAACAGGUGUCCCCCUUCCCAACAAAUUGACCCCACACGAAAAGGAAUUUAUGGAUGAUGUGGUUGACUGGUUGCGAAGCAAUGCUCCAGACACCUCUGUUCUUGAUGAACCAACCCUUGAAAGUCUUAUGCAGGUACCAGGUGCCCCGAUGCCUUCCGGGGUUGUUCCUCGUGAAGCUAAGAAGAAAGGAGUGGAGGAUGUUGUAGAUUGGCUUCGCAAAAAUGGCCCCCCCACAAAUCAUCUGGAUGAGCCAACACUUGAGGCAUUGUCAGAUCUAACAGGUGUCCCCAUGCCCAAGAGGGACACACCCAAGGACAAGAAGAAGUUCAUGGAGGAUAGUGUGGACUGGCUCCGCAACAACGAGCCCGAUGUUUCAAAACUAGACGAACCCACUCUUGAUGCAUUACUGCAAGUUCCUGAAGCUCCAGUUCUUCCAGGUGUUGUAAAAAGGGAGACAAAGAAGAAGAGUGUUGAAGACGUCGUUGAUUGGCUUAGAAAGAAUGGUGCCCCACAAGAUGAGAUGGACGAACCAACUCUGGAGGCACUCACACAACUAACUGGUGUACCUUUGCCUAAGGCCCUCUCUCCAAAGACAAAGAGAGAUGCAAUAGAAGAAAGUGUUGAUUGGAUCAGAAAGAAUGAGCCUGAUCUGUCAAAGCUUGAUGAACCCACCCUGGAUUCAUUAAUGAAUUUGCCUGGUGCAACCUUGCCACCAGGUGUUGUUCCGCGAGAAGCGAAGAAGAAGGGGGUUGAGGAUGUUGUUGACUGGCUCAGGAAAAAUGGAGCACCAGAAGAAGAACUGGAUGAACCCACUCUUGAAGCCCUUUCAGAUUUGACUGGUGUUCCAAUGCCCAAGAAGAAGACCCCUGAGGCAAAGAAGAAGCUCGUGGAUGAUGCUGUUGACUGGUUGAGAAAGAAUGAGCCAAACAUAUCCAAGCUUGAUGAACCUACCCUGGACAAUUUAAUGAAUAUUCCCAGUGCACCUUUGACAGUUGGAGUUAUGCCACGAGAGAGGAAAAAGGCUGGUGCAGAGGAUGUUGUGGACUGGCUAAGGAAGCAUGGCGUCCCAGAAGAGGAAAUGGAUGAACCAACACUAGCAGCCCUAUCCAAACUGUCUGGUGUUCCAAUGCCUACAAGAAAGACACCAAGGGAGAAGAAGAAGUUCACGGAAGAUGUGGUUGACUGGCUACGAAGAAGUGGUCCUGAUGUAUCCAAGUUAGAGGAGCCAAUGCUGGAUAGUUUGCUGCAGAUACCAGGAGCUCCGUUGCUUCCUGUUGUUGUUCCAAGAGAAGCAAAGAAAAGAGGAGUUGAGGAUGUUGCUGAUUGGCUGAGGAAGAAUGGAGUUCCUGAGGAUAUGCCAGAUGAACCCACACUUGAAGCACUCUCCAAGUUGACUGGUAUUCCUAUGCCCAAAAUCAAGACACCCAAGGAGAAAACGAGGUUCAUGGAAGAUGCAGUUGACUGGCUUCGAAGAAAUGAAGCUGAUACCUCCGCACUUGAUGAACCUACUCUGGACAGUUUACUGCAGGUGCCAGGAGGUCCAUUGAUUCCAGGGAUUGUUCCACGUGAAAGAAAGAAGCAAGGCGUUGAGGAUGUUCUUGAUUGGCUCAGAAAGAAUGGUGGCCCAGAUGAUGAACUAGAUGAACCAACGAUUGAGGCAUUCUCCAUCUUAACAGAUAUACCUAUGCCAAAGAUGAAGACACCAAAAGAAAAGAAGAAGUUCAUGGAAGAUGCUGUGGAGUGGUUGCGGAAGAACAAACCAGACACCUCCAUGUUGGACGAGCCAACACUUGAAGCACUCAUGCAAAUCCCAGAUGCACCACUCCCUGCUGGCAUCAUGCCAAGGGAAACCAAGAAGAAUAGUGUCGAGGAUGUGAUUGACUGGCUCAGGAAGAAUGGUGCACCUGAAGAUGAACUCGAUGAACCUACGCUUGAGGCGCUUGUGGACUUGACUGGUGUGCCGAUGCCCAUGAUGAAGACACCACAGGAUAAGAAGUUGGUUGUUGAAGAUGCUGUGGACUGGUUGCGAAAAAAUCAACCUGAUCUGUCGAAGCUUGACGAGCCAACUCUUGACAGCUUGUUGCAGAUUCCGGGGGCUCCAUUGCCCCCUGCAAUUGUCACCAAAGAAAUGAAGGUGAAGGGUGUGGAGGAUGUUCUUGAUUGGCUCAGGAAAAAUGGUGGCCCCGAAGAAGAGUUGGAUGAGCCCACUCUGGAAGCAUUUUCAACUUUGACAGACAUACCAAUGCCAAAGAUGAAAACACCAAAAGAAAAGAAGAGGUAUAUUGAAGAUACAGUCGACUGGCUGCGCAAGAAUGAACCAGAUAUUUCUGAGCUUGAAGGACCAACUCUAGACAGUUUAUUGCAGGUACCGGGAGCGCCUAUGCCUGCCGGAGUCGUUCCUCGCAAGACGAAGAAGAAGGCAGUUGAGGGCGUUGUUGAUUGGCUCAGGAAGAAUGGUGCCCCUGAUGAUGUUCCGGACGAGCCAACCCUUGAAGCACUCUCCAAUCUUACUGGUGUCCCUAUGCCCAAAAGGAGAACACCCAAUGAGAAGAAGCAGUUCAUGGAGGACACUGUUGACUGGCUGCGAAAGAAUGAACCAGAAACCUCCGAGCUGGAUGAACCUACUCUUGACAGUCUAAUGAACAUACCUGGUGCACCUGUGUUGCCUGGUGUGGUAUCUCGUGAGACAAAGAAGAGGGCUGUCGAGGAUGUUGUGGAUUGGAUCCGAAAGCAUGGCGCUCCAGAGGAAGAAUUGGAUGAGCCAACCCUUGAAGCACUGUCAUCCCUGUCUGGUGUCCCAAUGCCAAAGAUGAAAACUCCUGAGGACAAGAAGAUGUUUGUGGAAGAUGCAGUUGACUGGCUUCGAAAGGGGUCCCCUGAUGUUCAAGAGUUGGACGAACCAGUUCUUGAAGCAUUGAUGCAAAUUCCGGGGGCUCCAUUACCCCCAGCUAUUGUUCCGAGAGGCACCAAAAAGAAGGGUGUUGAGAAUGUGCUUGAUUGGCUGAGGAAAAAUGGGCCACCUUCGGACGAACUAGAUGAGCCCACUCUUGAGACACUCUCUGACUUGUCUGGAGUUCCGCUCCCAAAGAGAAUGACGCCCGAUGAGAAAGAAAAGUUCAUGAGUGAUGUGGUUGAUUGGGUUCGCAAGAACCAACCAGACUUGUCGGAACUGGAUGAACCAACCCUUGACAGUCUAUUGCAGGUACCUGGAGGUCCAUUGCUUCCGGGGGUUGUGCCACGCAAGACAAAGAAGAAGGGUGUUGAGGAUGUUGUUGACUGGCUCAGGAAGAAUGGCCCCCCACCCAGUGACCUGGAUGAGCCCACUCUUGAUGCGCUCUCAGACCUGACAGGUGUUCCCCUGCCAAAGAGGAAGACACCAAAGGACAAACAAAGAUUUGUUGAGGAUGCUGUUGACUGGUUGCGGACAAAUGAACCAGACACGUCUAAGUUGGAUGAGCCUACUCUUGAUGAACUAAUGCAAAUCCCAGGAGCACCCCUCCCCCCUGGCAUUAUUCCCAGAGAAACGAAGAAAAGAUGUGUUGAAGAUGUUGUUGAUUGGCUGAGGAAGAAUGGUGCCCCAGAAGAUGAAAUUGAAGAACCCACCCUUGAUGCCCUUUCUGAACUGUCUGGAGUUCCCAUGCCUAAGAUGAAAACACCACGGGAAAAAAAGAGGUUUGUUGAGGAUGUUGUGGAUUGGUUGCGAAAGGGUGGGCCUGAUUUGUCCAAGAUCGAUGAGCCUACCCUUGACAGUCUGUUAAAUAUACCUGGUGGUCCACAGCUUCCAACUGUGCUUUCUCGUGAAGCAAAAGAGAAGGGUGUUGACGACAUCUUGAAUUGGAUAAGGAAAAACAGACCACCGACUGAUGACCUUGAUGAGCCCACUCUUGAGACACUCUCUGACUUGUCUGGAGUUCCGCUCCCAAAGAGAAUGACGCCCAAUGAGAAAGAAAAGUUCAUGAGUGAUGUGGUUGAUUGGGUUCGCAAGAACCAACCAGACUUGUCGGAACUCGAUGAACCAACCCUUGACAGUCUAUUGCAGGUACCUGGAGGUCCAUUGCUUCCGGGGGUUGUGCCACGCAAGACAAAGAAGAAGGGUGUUGAGGAUGUUGUUGACUGGCUCAGGAAGAAUGGCCCCCCACCCAGUGACCUGGAUGAGCCCACUCUUGAUGCACUCUCCGACCUGACAGGUGUUCCUAUGCCCAAGAGGAGAACACCCAAGGAGAAGAAGAAGUUCAUGGAGGACACCGUUGACUGGCUACGGAAAAAUGAACCAGACACAUCCAAGUUGGAUGAGCCUGCUCUUGACAGUUUGAUGCAGGUACCAGGAGGUCCAACACUCCCUGGGGUUGUACCACGCACAACGAAAAAGAAGGGUGUUGAGGAUGUUGUCGACUGGCUCAGGAAGAAUGGCGCCCCUGAGGAAGAGCUGGAUGAACCAACUCUUGAAGCACUCUCAGAAUUGACUGGUGUUCCAAUGCCCAAGAAGAAGAACCCUGAGACAAAGAAGAAGCUUGUGGACGAUGCGGUUGACUGGUUGCGAAAGAAUCAACCAGAUACUUCCAAUCUAGGUGAACCCACCCUUGACAGAUUGUUAACUAUUCCUGGUGGCCCACAACUGCCACUACCAGUUUCAAGGACUACCAAGAAGAAGGGUGUUGAUGAUGUUGUGGACUGGCUCAGGAAGAAUGGUGCUCCUGAGGAUGUCCCUGAUGAACCCACACUUGAAGCCCUCUCUGAUAUGACUGGAGUUCCAAUGCCAAAAAUGAAGACACCGGAGGAGAAGAAGAAGUUCAUGGAUGACACUGUGGACUGGCUUCGAAAGAAUUCUCCAGAUACCUCCAAGCUUGACGAACCCACUCUUGAUAGUCUGUUGCAGGUACCCGGUGCUCCCAUGCCUUCUGGUGUUGUUCCUCGAGACACAAAGAAGAAGGGUGUUGAUGAUGUUGUGGACUGGCUCAGGAAGAAUGGCCCUCCAGAUGAUAUUCCCGACGGGCCGACUCUUGAAGCCCUCUCAAAUUUGACUGGUGUUCCGAUGCCAAAGAGGAAGACACCCAAGGAAAAGAAGAAGUUCAUGGAGGAUAGUGUAGACUGGCUUCGAAAGAACACACCAGAUACAUCCAAGCUUGACGAACCAACUCUUGACAGCCUCUUGCAGUUCCCUGGAGCUCCAAUGCCUUCAGGUGUUGUUCCACGUGACACUAAGAAGAAGGGGGUUGAGGACGUACUUGAUUGGCUGAGGAAGAAUGGUGCUCCAGAUGACACACUGGAUGAACCCUCACUUGAGGCUCUCUCUGAGGUGACUGGUGUUCCCAUGCCCAAAAAGAAAAACCCCAAGGAGAAGAGGAAAUUCAUUCAAGACACCGUUGACUGGCUUCGCAAAGGAGGCCCAGAUUUGUCCAAGCUUGAUGAGCCAACCCUUGACAGUCUGUUGAAUAUUCCUGGGGCGCCACUUCCACCUGCUGUUUUGACCAGGAAAUCCAAGGAAAGAGGCGUUGAUGAUGUUGUAGAUUGGUUAAGAAAGAAUGGCCCCCCAAGAGAUGAGCUAGAUGAGCCUACCAUAGAAGCGCUUUCAGAUCUGACAGGUGUCCCCAUGCCCAAGAUGAGGACACCGAAAGAUAAGGAGCAGUUCAUGGAUGAUGUUGUUGAUUGGCUCCGCAAGAAUUCACCAGAAACUUCCCAACUUGAUGAGCCCACUCUUGACAGUUUGUUUCAGGUACCAGGAGCUCCAAUGCCUGCUGGUGUUGUUCCUCGUGAUACCAAGAAGAAGGGGGUUGAUGAUGUUGUUGACUGGCUAAGGAAGAAUGGCCCUCCAGAUGAUCUCCCCGACGAACCCACUCUUGAAGCCCUCUCAGAUUUGACUGGUGUUCCAAUGCCCAAAAAGAAGACCCCCGAGACAAAGAAGAAGUUCAUGGAUGACACUGUGGACUGGCUUCGAAAGAACACACCUGACACAUCCAAACUUGAUGAACCCACUCUUGACAGCUUGAUGCAGGUCCAGGUGCUCCUAUGCCUGCAGGUGUGGUUCCUCAAGAAAACACCUAAGGAGAAGAAACAAUUCGUCGAGGAUACUGUUGACUGGCUGCGCAAGAAUGAACCCGAUGUGUCAACACUGGAUGAACCUACAUUGGACAGUCUGUUACAAGUGCCGGGUGCUCCAAUGCCGUCGGAGUAG